ACAACCAGAGCGGUGGCUGGUGGAUGAAUAGCGUUCAACGUCAACACCAUUUACUGUUGUGGGCUGAACAAGUAAUAAGACGCAGCUGGCUAUCAGACGGACUUAGACAACACGGUUAUCACUGUGCACCAGGAAGACAAGGUCCAUGUCCGGUGACUCUGCCGGUUGGGACGGGUUUCUAGGACUUUACACAGACAGCAGCUGACCGACUCGGUGGAGUAGCAACUCGCUGAUUUUUACGAUCAAAUAGGACAGACGACUCGCAAAAGUUGUGAUUCUUGCACGGAUUUAUCUUUGGACCGUUUUCGUAUCGAUACGAAUAGUUGGCUUGAUCAGCCGUUUUUUUUUUUUUUAGCAAUACCGUGACUUUCUGGUUUGUUGUCGUCGUUUUGCCUCCGUUCUCCAGAUUAACGGCGACCGAUGCUUUUCAACGCACUGAUUGUUUCAUUUUACGUUCGCCUCCGAUUCGAGGCGAUGUGGAAACGUUUUUUAUAAAUCAUUGGACUGGCAUGUCUCCCAAUUUGGUGAAUCAAAGAUCAAGAACUGUCAGACUGAACGGUCCUUCUUAUAACGGCAACCCAGACCGGGAAUCAUUUCCGUUUGAAGCCUAUGGAAACGGUGAUCCUCUAUGCUGAAGAAUAGACAUGUGUCCCCAACACAGAAACCAUCGAUAACCUUCCUCACUGUCCGCACGUCACCCCAAUUACAUUUCUCACGUGUCACUGUACAUAUUCAAGUUCACACAACGCUCCAUCUUAAAUCUGGGCACAACCAGUCAGCGUGACUGUCCAUCUUCCUGAGACUCGGCUGUCGGGCCACCAUGUGGGGCGCAGGGUCGCCGCCGUCCCUGCAGGUCGUCCUAAAGGUCCUUAAACACGCCGCGGUCAAAGGGCAGAUCCAGCUGAACCGCUGGCUCCAGAGAUCCUCCCCGGACGAGUGCGAUAAAAUGGACCUCUUGAUAUGCAACGCCUUUGACGAGAGAGGAGGCGCCGUCGGCAAGUCUGAUGGAGACCCGGAGAGCGUCGUUGACACUGGCGUGUCAUUCACCGGUGGCGCCACCAACGGGGAGUUCAGACACCCGUGUUGUAUUACCACGUGUUGCUUCAAGAGUGCCCUCCUGGCAUGCAUUCUGACAGCUGUGUGCUUCUCCUCCGUGGCUCUAGUCCGACAGUACCUCAAGGACCUUCUUCUCUGGGUGGAGAGCUUGGACAGCCUGGUUGGAGCCUUGCUGUUCAUAGUUGGUCUGAUCACUGUGUCCUUCCCAUUCGGCUGGGGGUACAUCGUACUGAACGUGGCUGCGGGAUACCUCUACGGCUUCGUGCUGGGUAUGGGACUGGUGAUGGUGGGCGUGCUCAUAGGUACCUUCGUGGCUCACCUGGUGUGUAAGAGACUGUUGACUGACUGGGCGAUCAACAAGGUGGCGAACUCUGAACAGCUCAGUGCUGUAAUCCGGGUGGUGGAGGGGGGGAGUGGACUCAAAGUGGUGGCCUUAGCGAGACUCACACCCAUUCCCUUUGGACUCCAGAAUGCCGUGUUCUCAAUCACAGACGUGUCGUUGCCAAACUACCUGGUGGCCUCGUCAGUCGGCCUGCUGCCCACACAGCUCCUAAACUCCUACCUGGGCACCACGCUGCGCACCAUGGAGGACGUCAUCGCAGAACAGAGCAUCAGUGGAUACCUGGUCUUCAGUCUACAGAUCAUCAUCAGUAUAGGUCUGAUGUUCUACGUGGUCCAUCGGGCCCAGGUGGAGCUGAAUGCGGCCAUCGCUGCCUGUCAGAUGGAACUGAAGACAUCACACACGAACGGCACAUCCACCAAUCACAGCGGCUUCACGUACUGCAGCAAGAGGGCGUCGGCCGGGGGUGGGAUCAUCAACGUGGUCUGAUUUAACGUCUCAAAACCCUGAUUGGACGACUGGGAUCGAACUGAACACUGAUUGGCCAGUGUAGCAUUUGUGAUAUCUGAUAGGAGUGCCCUCCACGGUGAGGAGUGAGGAGGACUUGCCAAAUAGGGAUGCUGAUUGUGUGGAUCUAUAGGGCUUGUAGGUGCAGCUGAGGGGUGCCAGGUGUUUAGUAGUCAGGUACAGUGGUGUUCUCUUCACGGACUUACGCUUCCAACACACCGACAGCGCCACUGCAUUUUACUACACCAGAAUUACAUUAAUUACCAAUGAAACGGCGUUGGGCAGCAGUGCGUUACAGAGGCAGUUGCAGUUCGUUCUGUGUGGUGAAACGGCGUUGGGCAGCAGUGCGUUACAGAGGCAGUUGCAGUUCGUUCUGUGUGGUGAAACGGCGUUGGGCAGCAGUGCGUUACAGAGGCAGUUGCAGUUCGUUCUGUGUGGUGAAACUGCGUUGUGCAGCAGUGCGUUGCAGAGGCAGUUGCAGUUCGUUCCGUGUUGUGCAGCAGUGUGGUGCAGCAGUGUGUUGCAGUUCGUUCCGUGUUGUGCAGCAGUGUGUUGCAGUUCGUUCCGUGUGGUGCAGACGGUUGAUUUAUCGAAGGUACGCGUCAAACUGUAUGAGUAGACGGCUUGACAGAAAUGGGUGCAGAAGGUGAAUGUUAAACUGUUGUUACACACACAUCCAGACGAGGCUGUCGGUGUGUUGGAAGAGUUAACCGGAGUUCUCUAUACAACACAGCUCACCAUUCAGAUCUCCGAGACCAAUGGCUUCUCUUCUACAGUGUGGGACCAGGGGCCAGUGGCUUCUCUUCUACAGUGUGGGACCAGGGGCCAGUGGCUUCUCUUCUACAGUGUGGGACCAGGGGCCAGUGGCUUCUCUUCUACAGUGUGGGACCAGGGGCCUGUGGGAUCAGGGCCAGUGGCUUCUCUUCUACAGUGUGGGACCAGGGGCCAGUGGCUUCUCUUCUACAGUGUGGGACCAGGGGCUUCUCUUCUACAGUGUGGGAUCAGGGGCCAGUGGCUUCUCUUCUACAGUGUGGGAUCAGGGGCCAGUGGCUUCUCUUCUACAGUGUGGGACCAGGGGCCAUUGGCUUCUCUUCUACAGUGUGGGACCAGGGGCCAUUGGCUUCUCUUCUACAGUGUGGGACCAGGGGCCAUUGGCUUCUCUUCUACAGUGUGGGACCAGGGGCUUCUCUUCUACAGUGUGGGACCAGGGGCCUCUCUUCUCUCCUACAGUGUGGGACCAGGGGCCAAUACGUUGAACUCAUUUAUAAAUGAUGAAAUAAAUAAAUGGUACAGCACUGAGUUUUUUUU